UAAUGUAGAUUGUAGACUACAUAAUUUACACUAAAUUAAUUAAAAUAAAAAUUCUCUAGCUAAGUAGCUACGAUACCUCCGGCCUUGAGUUUCUAGUUUAAACUUUUUAAGUUUGGCUAUAUUUACAAAAUGUAAAAUAUUUAACGACAAAUACAAUCCAACUAAUAUUUUUCAAUGCUACAUCUAAUAACAAUUUUAUUGGUGUACGAAACGGUAUUUUGUUUAUCGUCAAGCUGGGUGCCAGAACGGUAGAGAGGUUUUUCAACCUUGCAGAUACCAAUUUUAUCGAAAAUGUCAACGAAGACUUGAAAUGUUUUAUAAACGAAGGAAAAGUUGACAGCGUUCUCGUCUUCCCUCCUGUGAGCAACUAUCGGCGGUUCCUCAUCCACCACUCUGUGGAACAGUUUGGUAGACCAGAACUUGCUACAUUCUCCAUUGGGAUAUGUGAUGAACGGCGGACAGUUGUGUGCUACAGAGAGAGAUUACUGAGUAAUGAAGCUUGUUCCAGACCAACCAUGGGGCUAAUAUCCGCCGACAAAGAUGAUGCUUCUUUCACAGAAGGGCAGGCGGGGGGGAUGGUUGACGGGUCGGGGGGCACCUGCACGUCGAGCUCGCAGCCUCAAGACCGCGACAGGAGCAGAUCCGGAUCGACGAAGCCAAGACGACCCGACCGCGCCGUAUACGUGCCGAGAGCGCUGCGUAAUUCAGAAAAUAUCACUGAUGAAAACAAACCUCUAGAAAAUAAACGAACAAGUCACAGCGCUGAUGGAAAGUGUCCAAAAUCACCCGCCGCCAAAGAAAGAUCUAUUCACAAUACUCCCAAAAAAUCUCUAAACAAAGAUUUCUGCAAUGUGUACACACCCCCUCAUCUCAGGAAUGUAAGAUCUCAGACUGCCCCCAGUAUAGACGGUGUGGAAAGCCAAUCUCAAAUCAACGACACGUCCGUGCCUUCGAGCUACAAAGUGCCAAACGUUGAAAGUGCAAUAUCGUGUAGUGAUAAUAGUUUUAAAGAUUUAGAAGUAGGAGAGAGUUUUUAUAUAGGAGAUUAUUUUACUAAUGGACAGCUAGGUUUUUAUAGUCCGAAUUUCUACGAAUACAACGAUAAUACUUAUGCAGACGAGACCAAUUGGAGGACCAAUGAAUCGAACGAGAUAGACAUGGAUAUGCAUCAAAGUCAAAGUAAUAUUAUAGAUGGCGAUUAUUUAUAUAAUAAGGAUGAGGAUGUGGAGAAAAAUGAGCUCAAGCGUGCGUCACAAGAGAUAAAUAGGAGUAGUAAGAGAAUUAUAAAGCAGAGCUUCGAUUCGGAUGUCCUGGUGAUAUCAGAUCCGAUAACGGAUGAGCCUAUUUCUAACAAAGAGCCAGAAAUCGAUGAAGUAGAAGUGCAGAAACCUAAGCCUAAGUUAAAAUUGGAGGCGAAAGUGUCGUUGAAGCGUGAGGAAAAUGAUUGGGACGCGGUAUUCGAUGAGAGCGGUGAAUGCUUAGAUCCAUCUCUGUUGGAAGAGUUGACGGCGACUGUUGGCAAAGUGCACAUCAGUCAGACGAAGAAUAAAUACGAUCAGUACCAGACAAGGGGCCAGGCGUUGUUCAAUGGGCCGUUCGAUGAAACGUUCGCGCACGUCGUCGAAGUGUAUGACUUUCCUAGCGAGUUCAAAACGAACGAUAUCCUGUCGCUGUUUAGUGAAUACAAGGAUACGGGUUUCGAAAUAAAAUGGGUGGACGACACUCACGCGCUUAUUGUCUUCAGCAGCGCAAAAAUUGCUGCCGAAGCGUUGUCGAUGCAGCGUCCACUGGUCAGAUGCCGUCCACUGCACGCAGCCACCCUGGAGUCCAGGAACAAGGCCAAAAAGUGCGCAGAAUUUCUACAGCCCUACAGACAGCGGCCGGAGACUUGCACGGCGUUAGCACGUCGGUUGGUAUCCGGAGCGCUGGGCGUGCGAUUGAGCACCGCGCGACAGGAACGGGCCGAGGAGAGGAGACUCAUCUCGCUGGCCAGAGAGAAGAAACGUCAAGCGGCGCUUCACAAGGAGGCGGCUUGGGACGGCUCACUCGCCAACCACUCGCUCACCGACACUUGACAUCACCUGACGGUUUGACAAAGCCCUGGAUCCGUUCGAUGACGUCACCCAGCAACGAUUUCGCUCUCAAACAACAAAUAGUAUAAUAUUUAGCGUAAUGUAGAUGAAGCAAUAUAAAACUCUCGGACACAAUUUGUUCUUACCUUUUAUGACAGACUUUAGUGGCAGAAAAAGUCGUGGCGGCUCUACUGAACAUAACGUUGCAUCAUAUUAACUUAUAUUAAAUAUUAUUGUUAAGGUUUAAGUUAAAUUUAACGUUUACAGUAACAUCCAUGUUUACAGUACAUGAUACUAAUAAGUUGAACCAUCGUAUUCCUUGACUUUAACUAUUAAAGUUAAAAACAAUUCAAUAUUGAAUAUUUAUCUGAAACUUCUGACAGGUUGCUAGUUAGCUAUUUAACAUUAACAAUAGAUUUAAUCGGCGAAGAUUGGACGGUUAGCAGCUAGAGCUAUGACGUCAUUUAAAAGGUGUCAAAUGCUGCAACACAUUUUUGCUUCACCAGCACUUUAACAUGUUUGAUAUUGCUUAAGUAAUUUGGUGCAGCCCAGCCUUAAUAUUUCAAUUUGAGUUCUAGAGUAUUCGCAAAUGUCCGAUUGAAGUUUCAUAUUUUUUCAUUGAACGAAGACAUAGAUAUUUUUCUAAUCGAAUCAUAGUUAAAUAUACCACGCUCAAGGAGUUUUGAUCUGUUCUAUUUUACUAUUAGUUAAAUGUUCUCGUGAUCAACGGAUGUUGAUACUCGUAAGUUACUAGUAUAUACUUAAUUUAAGAUUUAUAUUAUGGUCCCAAUUAGCAUUAUCUACAUUUUUUUUAAUUUUCGGGAUUUGCUGUCUAUAUUUUAUUUUUUUGCUAUGAUUUACAGCCCGUUGAGACAGACGUACGGAUGUUCGGACAACGGAAGCAUAAAAUAAUGUCCAAGGGUCCUGUUAAUAAUUCUUUGGAUGCAAUUAUAAUAUAAAACAUUCUAAUACUCCAGUUUUUUCCUAUAAUCUAUGAGCUGCACUUACUAGACUCAAUAAUGCCAUUUCUCAUAAGAUAUGGUGACAGAGAAUAAUAACCUUUUUAAAGACAAAAGAUUUAACAUCUAGAAAAUUUAUGCUAUAAUUAAUACAAAUAGUCUACGCGACGACUAGAAGGAUCAACAAAGUUGGGGUGCGCUAUGAAGGAAAGCGGUGUCCCUCUCUUUGAUUUUCUUAUGCCACAACACGAUUUUGCUACUUAGUGAAAUAUGUUAUCAAAUUAGUAUUUUUUUACUUUUAAAUAACUCUGUAAAUGGUUGUGCGUCAGGAUUUUCAAUUGUAAAGGAGUUCACCCAAUCACAGUAUUUCUUACACACUAGUGUCUUCACUUAGUUAUUAGCAGUUUGAUUUUAAUGUGGGAGAUGUACGAAUAUAUGUAUAAAGUCAUUUGAUUUUUUAUUUUGUUUACAUCGACGUACUAUAAACUACUAUAUCCCCAAUCGCCUAUUAAAAGGUCGUCAAAAAAUUCUGCGUUUGUUUCAAGUUAUUAACUUAUGCAUAUGAGAUUAAAACAUUCAUCCAAAUUAACACCUUAUUACGUGGCAGUCAUGUCUAUUAUCUAAAUGUAUUGUGUACGCUCAUUAGAUUUUGUUCUUGAUAGUUUGAUUAUGGUGCAAAAGAGACGGACGCGAACACGAGGCAAGAACAUUUUGUUUAUCAAUUGAAAUGUAAUUAAUUAGCAAAAUGAUUAAAAACGUCAGUUACACAAUUUUUACUUUGUAUUGCGUGGCGUUUUAUUUAAAGCGCGGUCGAAACACAACUGAACGAAAAUAGUGCCCGAUAGGCGCGUAGGCAGAGUUUGCUUCAGACAUUGAGAGAGUAUGCUUGUUUAAUGUACGUAAAUGUUUGUAUAGUAUUCAAAUACCAAAUAGUUUAUUAAUAUUAUUAUAUGGUUAAAAGUGUGCCUCUUUUCUAGUCUACUUUAGAUUAUAACGGGUCUCAACUCCUUGGCGUAAUUUAUUUUAAGUAUUUUAUGAUAGAAAGAAAUGAUUGUUGUAGAGAUAUGGAGAGAAUAACAUUAGUCUGUACCGGCAAAUGUUCAUUUAUUUAUGUAUGUAUACAUAAAUAUAUUUACAAUAAAAUUGUGUUAAAA